ACAGCGACAGAUUUGCUCCUUGGGGGCCAGCAUGGAGCUGAUCUUUGCAGAUCAGUCUUUUUCCAAAAAUCCAUGAACUUCUAAGUCACAUUUCAAAGGCGAGAUAAGAACCACAGAAGCAUCCCAAGAAGUCAUGUUACACAAAAAGGUGGUGGCAGCACAGAAACGAGGGGAGACCAAGGCCCUAUGGCUAGGUUUGGCAAUGAUGGCCUGCUCAUCACUGAUGUAUCUUUUUAUUGGUAUCGUCCUGGUGCCUUUACAUAGAGGAAGUGUCUGGGCUGAUGAAAGUGAAUGCAAUGUAGUGAGAGCUAACAUCAAGGAAAAAGUCCAUUGUUCAUUCAUUGAAGGCUCUGAGGAUAAAGAUAUUUUUCACUAUCCUUGUCUGGAAGUCUAUGUGAAUUUAACCCAUUUAGGGCAAAUAGUCAUGCUCUACCACACAGAGAUCACUGUGAACAGAAAUCCCAAGUGCUCUUAUAUCCCCCCUGAUAUGGAGAAUUAUAAACAAGUUCAACAGAAAGUAGAAGAGAUAAGAGACAAUUUCAGAAAGCACCAGUGGUUUCUUUGCCAUUAUGACCCAUCAAGAAAAGAAAAGAGCGUCCUUUUGAAGAGAUUGUAUCCCCCAGAAGGUCUUCUCAUUGCUUUCGCCUGGCCAAGUAUGCUGUUGAUUGGUGGAAUCUUGAUAGUCAUCUUGGUCAAACUAAGCCAGUAUCUUGCCUUCGUUUCUGUUAACGUAGAACACUCAUAUAGAUUUUUCUAACUAAAAUCUGGACUUUGUCUUCACUUUUGUACAGGUAGUCCUUGACUUACAACAGUUCAUUUAGUGACUGCUCAAAGUCACAAUGGCACUGAAAAUGGAGACUUAUGACCAUUUUUCACAUGUAUGACCGUUGUGACAUGUAUAUC